CACACCAUUUUCGCAUCAAAAAUCAAAGCUGAUUCCAAUUUCAAAUCUCAAAUCCCAGAAAACUCUAUUCUUCUUUCAAUUUCUCAAAAAAAUGUCUGGGCGUGGAAAGGGAGGCAAGGGUUUGGGCAAGGGAGGAGCGAAACGACACCGUAAGGUUCUUCGCGAUAACAUCCAGGGAAUCACGAAGCCUGCGAUUCGCCGUUUGGCUCGCAGAGGUGGAGUGAAGCGUAUCAGCGGUCUGAUCUACGAGGAGACACGUGGCGUCCUCAAGAUCUUCUUGGAGAAUGUGAUCCGUGACGCCGUGACCUACACCGAGCACGCAAGGAGGAAGACCGUGACGGCCAUGGAUGUCGUCUAUGCCUUGAAGAGGCAAGGAAGGACUCUCUAUGGGUUCGGCGGUUAAGAAUCUUGAGAUUAUGAUUAGAUUUGUGUACUUAGUUAGUUGUGGUGGUUGUUCUAGAUCUUGCCUCUAGAUCUGGAUUUCGUUCGUUGUUUUUAGGUUGUAUUUCUGUAAUUUGGUACUCUGAGAUUCAAGUAAUGAAAUUUGCUGUUUUUUUUAA